GAAGAAGACCCAAGAACUUGAACCUCCCUAAACCCCUAUAUCCGAUUCGUUCCGAGUUAAAGAACUCAGAACUCAGAUUGUGUCGGAAAAAUGGCGGAAUCUAUCUCCAACCUUCAGGGCCUUCUAUUUCAGUUAUCGGAGCCGAUCAGGAAAACAAUAUUGGAAACCCCAUAUACUCCACCGGAGACCGGAAACAUCUCCGUCAAAGCCGUAAUCGAUCAACUUCUUCCUGACAAAUCCUCACGUCCAGAUUCUAAUUUCAGCGACACCCGAAUUCGGAACUCAAUAAAGGACUUCUCUCUCGCUUGUGCUUUACUAUCCUCGGCUCGGUCCCCAACCCACGAGCUCCUCUCAUGGAUUCCUCUGUCCGUUUCGAUUUUGGCAGAAUCGGCCUUUUGCGAGCUCUCGAAAGCCCAUUGCGUCACUUUCAGCGAAACGAAUGCGAGGAAGAUCGCGGAACUGGGUUUGAAUUAUGGAAUGAUGACCGAGGAGAAUAGAUUGAUUGCGGAAUUGAUUCCUCAGGUGCUCCCAUCGUUGAAGGACAUUAUUCAGGAGAGUUCCGUCGAUAAAUCAGAUGAAGUCAAUGAGUUCUCGGCGGCUUCGGCUAGAGCCCCCGUUGGUUUCGCCAUUGUUGCUGCUUAUCAGUUUAGAUGGUUUGUGACGAAGAUUGAUUAUCCACAUUUGGGGAAGUUGUGUGCUUUAGUGAUACCUUGUGCGCUUACGGCCGUCGAUCACUGGUCGACAGAGGUUAAAGGUCAGGGAAUGAUUAGCUUUAUACACAUAGGGAAGAAUGUAAAUGCUGCUGAGCUUGGUUCGUAUAGUGAUGUGAUUUUGGAUGCAUGCUGCCAAAAUAUUGCUUCUGAUGAUGAGAUAUGGCAUCUUGUGGUAGAGAUGUCGGUGGUUCUUGUGACUUGCAUCCAACAAAGUAAUCCUCGCAGUCCAUGGUUUGAAAGGAUUCUAAAUGAGAUGCUGAGCCAUUUGGACCGCCAACCAAGGAACAUGGAUCGUCGUGUUGCGUGGCUUCAACAUGUUGAGCCACUUUUCAAUAGUAUUGGUCUUUUCUUAUUAGCCCAUUUUAGGCGAAUUUUUCCUCUAUUCUUUCAGUGGAUGGGUGCUGAUGAUGAUGAGACUGUUAUACUGGUUCUGAAACAGAUUUUUACAGUUAUAAGGCUAACAUGGAUCCGUAACACACCCUAUGUUGAUAGGCUGGUAGAUGAACUAAGUGCAUUGUACAAAGGAGCAUCAUCGAAAAAGUCUCAUGAAGAUAUUAAAAGACUCGUUUCUGAGAUUCUGACUUUGCUGCAGCAAUGCAAAGGCGUGCAGUUUGAAGCAGCAUACGACAAGUACAGAGACGAUCCAAGCUUCACAGAUGCUGUUCCCUCUCAAAGUUGAAGAAACACUAGAAUGGUAAUGAAGAGCCUAUGAUAUACUUACUCUCAAAUGAGGGCUUGAGGAUUCAACAUGCUAGUCAUGCAUCCAAAUGCAUGAAACAGUGCAUCAUUCCAUAUUUAUAUGUUGGGCCAUAUCAUUGUGAUGCAGGUCUCCAGUCCUUGUGUUUUUCUUCAAUGGAGAGGGAGUUUGAAAAUGAUACCAUUGCAGGUGACAAAUUAAUCAAGGGCAAUAUUGUAUAUGUUGAUGAAACGUUGCUGCUUUGCAAUGUGUUGAUUAUUAUUAAAUAUUGUACAAAGUUGUUAAUCUGCAUGAUGAGAGUGUGAGAGACCUUUUGCCUUUUGGUAAACGAGAAAGAAGGCCUUUAAUACUUUUCAGCUUAAUAGAAGAGAUAAAGGUAGUAGUAGAGGAUGCUCUUUCCUAAAGAUUAAUAUUGUGUAAUGGAAUAGUUUUGUUUAAUUGGGAAUUUAUUGCUGCGUAAUUUAUGAAAAAGCUUUCCCACCUUUCAGAAAGAAAA